AUGGCCGCUGUUCUCCGUACCGCUAUGAGAGCCCAGGCUCGCCAGGUCAAUGCGUUCUCCUUUGCUGCGAGAACGUAUGCUACCUCUAAGCCACAGACGCUCAAGGAACGCUUUGCUGAGCUUAUCCCUGGCGAGAUUGAGAACGUCAAAUCCAUCCGUGCUCAACACGGAAACAAGGCGUUCGGACAGGUCAUUGUUGACCAGGUCUAUGGCGGUAUGCGUGGUCUCCCUGCACUCCUUUGGGAUGGCUCCGUUCUCGACGCUGAAGAGGGUAUCCGAUUCCGCGGCAAGACCAUUCCAGAGUGCCAACAGCUCCUCCCCAAAGCUGCUGGCGGCUCCGAGCCCCUCCCCGAAGGCCUCUUCUGGCUGCUUCUCACCGGUGAAGUCCCAACCAACGAGCAAGUCAAAGCCCUCUCGGCCGAAUGGGCAGCCCGCGCAGGUCUCCCCAAAUUUGUCGAGGACCUUAUCGACAGGUGCCCCAACACUCUUCACCCCAUGACGCAGUUCUCUAUCGCUGUAAACGCCUUGAACCAUGAUUCGGCGUUCGCCAAGGCUUACCAGGACGGCAUCUCCAAGAAGGAGUACUGGGGACCGGUCUUCGAAGAUGCGAUGGAUUUGAUUGCCAAACUCCCCAACAUUGCUGGUCGUAUUUACCGUAAUGUAUACGGAGACGGAAAGGUUCCUGCGAUCGACCUCAACAAGGAUUACUCGCACAACUUGUCCACCCUUCUUGGAUUUGGUGACGACCAAGGCUUUGUUGAGCUCAUGCGUUUAUACUUGACGAUUCACUCUGAUCACGAGGGUGGUAACGUUUCUGCCCACACCGGCAAACUCGUUGGAUCUGCCCUGUCUGAUCCUUUCUUGGCAUAUGGUGCUGCCUUGAACGGUCUUGCCGGCCCUCUUCACGGCCUUGCCAACCAGGAAGUGCUCAUCUGGCUUAUGCGCAUGCGCUCCAAGGUCGGCGAGGACGCCAGCGACGAGCAGAUCAAGGAAUACAUCUGGAGUACCCUGAAGGGCGGUCAGGUCGUUCCUGGAUACGGCCACGCCGUCCUGCGAAAGACUGACCCCCGAUACACUGCUCAGCGCGAGUUUGCCCAGAAACAUCUCCCUAACGACCCGCUCUUCAAGCUCGUCGGACAGGUGUAUGAUAUUGCUCCGGGUAUUCUCCUCGAGGCUGGAAAGGCCAAGAACCCCUGGCCUAAUGUUGAUGCCCACUCUGGUGUUCUUUUGACUCACUAUGGCUUGAAGGAGAUGAACUUCUACACCGUCUUGUUCGGUGUCUCCCGUGCAUUUGGUGUUGCUGCCCAACUGAUUUGGGACCGUGCGCUUGGUGCUCCUCUCGAGCGCCCCAAGUCUUAUUCGAGCGAAGCGAUCAAGAAGAUGUUCGCCAACCGUUCGUAA